UUUGGAUGGUUGGGUCAUGCGAGUAAAACCAAAACUGUCCACGCAGGACUCCGUACUUACGUCAACAUUCAGAGGAAAACAUGGCGGCCGCCUUGGCAAGGAGAGUGUCCGGGCUGCUGAGGCCGCUGUCUGUCUCUCUGUGUGCUAAGACACCACAGGUCUGUCAGCUCUCCAGCCUCCUCCAGCCUCAGCCUCUCUACAGCUCGGUCGCAGCCGCUGUCAGCGCUCCCCUGCGGGCUGCAGUGUGUCAGACACCCCGCUGUAACAUUCUUCAAAGGAUAUCAUCACUUAUUCCCAGUCUGACUCAGCAACCAAGCAGAAGUCUCACAUACUACAGUGUAAAGAAGGGCAAGAGGAAGUCUGUAAAAUCUGUGCCAGAUCGGUUUAUGAGGCUUCAUUGUGGCCUUUGGAUCCGACGCAAGGCUGGAUACAAGAAGAAACUGUGGAAGAAGAAACCUGCCAGACGAAAGCGCCUGAGGGAGCAUGUGUUCUGUAACAAAACACAGAGCAAGCUUUUGGAUAAAAUGACAACCUCUUUUUGGAAACGGAGGAACUGGUAUGUGGAUGAUCCUUACCAGAAGUACCAAGACAGGGUUAACCUAAAAGUUUAAUUUGCUGUUUCAUGGCGUGAGAUCUUGUUUUGUGUUUGGCUGUAAUGUAAUAAAGUUAGAAUACAUAUACAUAA